AUGCAAGCAAUUGUUGAUUCUAACAAAAAGUUCAUUGAUGUGCAUUGCGGUGAACCAGGAGCAAUGCACGAUGCUCGUCUCUUCCGUCGGUCACAUUUCUAUAGAAAGAUUUGUGAGCAGCCUGAUUUAAUCAUACCAGGAGGUGUUAUACUGGGAGAUUCUGCUUACCCGGACAAACCCUAUUUAAUUACUCCCUUCAAAGACUUCGGCAAUCUUACCAGACAACAAAAUAAAUUUAACUAUUUACAUUCAUCAACUCGAAUGGUUGUCGAGAAUGCAUUUGGGCUACUUAAAACUCGCUUCCGGAGGCUAAAAUUUUUCGAGGGUCCAAACAUUGGAUUCAUUGUAAACUGCGUGGUAGCCACAUGUGUACUGCACAAUAUUUGUAUUGACGCAAAUGACUUAGAAGAGUGGGUGGAUCUUGAAAGCAACGAUGAUGACAGUGGAGGAGGAACUGACAUGAUCAACCCUGAAAAUGGUUCUGCUCAUAGGGAACAAAUGUUUUCUUUGUUGCUCGAACGGCAUUUACUUGAUUAG